UGAAAAAUUAUACAUUAUCUCCUCGCAUUGCAUUAACAAAAGAAAACGUGCAAAUACCUACCAACUUCGUGCCGUGUCCCCAUUUAGGCAUUCGUCAAACGCAUUAACAGAUUUAUCUACCGCUGCUGCUGCUAUUCAGCGUCUGGUUUUCAUUUAAUUGAAAAUUAUCGUAGCAUCGACAUCAGCUUAAAUGCAUAUUAAUCAUCGAAUGGUCUCAAGACCCGCCCCACUGAGGGUUGGCAUCAAUCCAUGGAGUAUCCGGGAACUCCGUUAAUUGAUGAAAUUUCUGAAAAUAAUUUUUUAAUCGGUGACAACAGCAACAACAACACCAACCUCGCCAAUUGUGACAACAGUGAAACUGUGGCAAUCUAUUCAUAUCCCAAUUUUGAUAUUGUUCAUGAAAUAGACAAAGGAUUGUGCGAAUUAUCCACGGCACUAGGGCAGUCCUCGAAUUUGGAGACAGUUAUACGCUCUACAACAUCUCUGGCAUCUGUGGCAACAACAACAAUACCAACAACAAACGCAGCUGCAGCAGCAUCAAGUGCAGCUGCCGCCGCUCAAACGAACAGAAUAUCAUCAUCAUUGUCAUUGGCAUCAUCAUCUUCAUCGUCAUCAAUAGCAUCCGCAUCGGCAUCGGCAGUUACAGCUGCAGCAUCAUCAUCAUCGUCAUUAUCAUCUUCGCUGUCGUCGUCAUCGUCAUCAUCUCAGAUAUCAUCACCAUCGUUAACACCACCCACUCCCAUCAGUUUGCCGGAGCAAUCACAAAGUCCACAUGGUCAGACAUCAAUAAGCUCGACAACAGCAUCGCCAGCAUCAUCCAGUGAUACAACAGCCGCAGUAGCAGCAACAUCAGUAAUACUAACAGAACAUCAACAACAAUCCCACCAUUCUCUGCAACAACAGACAACUCAAUCUCAACCACAGCAGCAGCAACAAUCACUACAACAGCAACAUCCUUCGGCCCAAUCUCAGCCCUUUGUUAUAAACGACAGCAAUUCGAACAGUGCUGUGGCCAAAUCCUUUGUCCCCUGUAAAGUUUGUGGCGACAAGGCUUCGGGUUAUCAUUACGGCGUUACGUCCUGUGAGGGUUGUAAGGGUUUCUUUCGUCGCAGCAUCCAAAAACAAAUCGAAUAUCGUUGUCUGCGGGACGGCAAGUGUUUGGUCAUACGCCUCAAUCGUAAUCGCUGCCAGUAUUGUCGUUUUAAGAAAUGUCUAUCAGCUGGUAUGAGUCGAGACUCUGUGCGUUAUGGUCGCGUACCAAAACGUUCACGUGAGCUGAAUGGCGGCCAGCCAUCCACCACAGAGGAUCCAAACGCUGCAGUUGUCGUAGUUAAUUCGUGUGAUUUACGGCGUGUCAGCACACCGGGAACACCGAAUACACCGCAAACGCCACAAAUGUGUUCCAUAGCAUCAUCGCCAUCUGAGCUGGGCGGCUGUAGUGCCACCGGCAACAACAACAAUACAAACUCUUCACAACUGGUCGUGGGUGUUGGUGGCCCCUCGAACGGCAGCGGCGGUAUGGUUGUCGGCGUUGGCAUUGGCAAUGCGGGCAACAUGAAUUCCCAGCAGCUGAAUACCGUGCACGAAGGACAUCAUCACAGCCAUCAUCAUCACCAUGCGACGCUGCAUCACCACCACCAUCACAACAGCCAUCAUCAUCAUCACUCGACACAUUUGCAUCACAGCCACAGUGAUGCGACGACGGCGGCCUCCAUGAUGGCCGGCAAUAACGGCGGCAACGAGCUGACCGUGUACGAUGUGAUUAUGUGCGUUUCGCAGGCGCAUCGCAUGAAUUGUGCCUAUACCGAGGAGCAGACGAGGGAUUUGAUGCGUCGACCCUUAAAUGUGCCGCCCAAUGGUUUAAUUUCUUCAGUGUCGGAGAAUAUGGAAUUUCAAAAGAUGUGGCUCUGGCAGCAGUAUGCGGCGCGUGUUACACCAAAUGUCCAACGCAUCGUUGAGUUUGCCAAACGUUUACCUGGAUUCUGUGAUUUUACGCAAGACGAUCAGCUGAUACUCAUCAAAAUGGGCUUCUUCGAGACAUGGCUAACGCAUGUGGCCCGUUUAAUAAGCGACUCGACGUUGACAUUCGACGACGGCACCUAUUUGACACGGCAACAUUUGGAGAUCAUUUAUGAUACCGAUUUUGUGGUUUCACUCUUCAACUUUGCCAACACCAUCAAUGUAUACGGUCUCAGUGACACCGAAAUCGGUCUCUUCUCGGCCAUGGUCCUAUUGGCCUCCGACCGGCCCGGCAUAUCGGAAGCGAAAAUGAUUGCCCGAACAAGGGAGCGUAUUACGGAAGCGUUGCGGGUACAAAUCGUACGAUCACGCAACGGUACAACACAGGCGCUACAGCUGAUGCCGGCACUGGAGGCUAAAAUCCCCGAACUGAGAGCAUUGGGUCUGAAGCACAGUGCCCAUUGUAAUUGGUUAAGGAUAACAAAGCCCAGAUUGCCACCAUUGUUUGCGGAAUUAUUUGACAUUCCUAUGGAAGAAGAAAAUUAAAAGAAAAAGCAACAACAACGGAAACAUCAACAAUGGAGAAUCACAGAGAGAGAAGUUCAAAACUUCUUUAAAAUACAUCUGCAAUAAAGAACAACCAACAACAACAACAAAUGAAUAUAAUGAAAUUUACAAAAACAAAAAAACAAUUUAAUAAGACUAUUAUCUUUAAAUUUAUUAAGUAAAGGAAUAACAACAAAAACCAAUAAAUAUUAUAGAAACAAAUCUAAUGGAAAUAUUUGAAAGCAAAACAGUAACAACAACAACAUCAGAAAUUAGAAGUUAAAGAUGAAAAACCAAGAAAACUCAAAGAGAUUUUCCCCCUCCUCCAAGAUUUUUCUAAUUUUUUAAGAUAUACCAAAUUAUAAAAGAAUCCUGUAUUAAAUCAAAUUAAAAUCAACAUAAGAUACACUUACACUGUGCUACAAAAAUUGAGAAAUGUCCAAAUUUGAUGCCGCGAGAUAGAACCAUAGUUACUUUUGAGGAUUUUCAUGGAAUCAUUUUCUGAGUCGAUUUAUGCAUGUCCGUCCGUCUGUCUAUCUAUGUAUUUUUGUGAAUAAAAUGAAGGUGGCAUUUUCCAAACAGUAUUUGUUUGGCCCAAGGACGAACCCUACUGAAAUUGUUGAGAGUCGAUUCAAAUUUAGAUAUAGCUUCCAUAUAUCUCCAAACGAUUUCGGGUUAUUUGUGCACCAAAUGGCUAAUAUCAGCUAAAAUGGAAUGAAUUUUGGAACAUCCAACCGAAUUAAGUCUAGAUACAAGUACUUCAAAUUUGGUGAAAAUCGGUUCAGAUAUAUCUAUAGAUCUCUUAUAUUUAUUUCAUCCAAUUUGGUGUUAAAGUCCCUUGCCUGCGUAAUAUGCACUAUACAACAAUGAUAUUUGACACCCGGCAUCAGAUACUGCUCGAAAAUACCUCUGCCAAAUUAUAUCGAGAUCGGAUCUGAUUUUACGGUUAUUGCUCACAAUAUAUGUAAAAUCAAAAUUGAAUAGAAAGACGUGGGUUUUUGAAAUCCGAACUUUAUCAUUAGUGAAAAAAUCCACGUUGUGCUCCAUAUUUCUUCUACGAACUUCAGGUAAAUUUCAAAAAGAUAUUUUGAUUUGGAAGGAUACGUUACUUGACUUCCGAUUAAUUGAAAUCGAUUUUUAAUUUUCAGAUCAUCCUACAAGUAUGCAAUGAUUCAGACCUUUGUAAUUUUGAUUUCUUAAUAUUUUAAAAAAUGUCUACCAAAAAUCUAGAAACGAUUUUAAUCGACUUUGGGCUGGGAAGUAGAAGUCGAAUUCGAGUUUUUAACUGAUUGAAGAAAAUCGGCAGAACGAAGAAUCAACAUUUUUGUUGAAGGCCAAAGUCGAAGAAUCUAAAAAUUGUAUUUUGCUCUCAACAACGCAUCGCUUGGCCUAAGAAAUUUCCCAAAAUUUUGAUCGUGUAUCUUUCUCUAUUAAAUUCAGACCUCCGAAAAAUUGGCUCAAUUUUGCUCACAGAGUGAAACUCACUCAAAUUUGAACAAGUGCGCUCCUGGGAGCAGAAAAAUUUUUGAGCGAACUCAUUUUUUCAAUGUCACUCAAAUAGGAGAGAGCAUGUUUUCCUCGUUUUUGAGUGGGAGCAAACUUGAACCCUCUUCCUUCCUCCGUUUAAAGUUCAUACCAACAUCAAAGCCGGUCAAAAAUCUAAAUUUGAAGAGUUCUGUCUAUAGCGCAAUAGGAGCAGGUUCAUUUUCAAUCUCAAAGGAAAUUUCGAAUAAUCAACAAUUUUUUUAAAUUGGAAUUGGUUCUCAUUUAUCACUUCCAAAAUAAAAAAUAAGAAUUUUCAAAGUAAACGAAUUCCAAAGCAUUCGGUAUAUUGAAAAAGUUGACUAAUUGAGUCCAUCUUUCCACAUUACUAUAUCAACAGAUAUGAACAUUGGUAUAGACGACUAAUAACUUUAGCCCAUAUUUUUAACAUUGUCAGUUCAGUAUCAGUGGUGCCCAAAAGUAGAAUUCAAAGAUUUGAUUGGGUGGUGUAGAGGGUUUUGAAGUAGUCAAUUGGGCAGGAAACCCAAGGACCCCAACCUGCAUAAGUCUCUUAUCACUAUUUUAAAAUUCUUUCUCGAAUCGAUAACUCGAAGAGUUUUCAAGAACUGGGGGCAAAUUCUCGCAAUUGAUAUCGACCGAAUUUUGAUCGAAAUGAUUUUGAGUAUGAACUAUUUCGAUUUAUGAAAAUCCAUUUCAAUAUUUAGUUGUUCCACCGAAAUCUGCAAUCUUAUCAAUUUAAAAAUUAAAUAUUAAAAUUUAUUUCGAUCCAAAUUAUUCGAUAUCGAAGGAUAGAAUGAUCGAAAUUUUUUCUAAAAUUUGUCUGGCCUAAAUUUGUUAUUUUGAUAAGGAAAAUAAAUAUUUACAUUCUUGGUCACGAUAAAAUUUGAAGUUCAUGCCAAUCAUAAUAAAAUUAUGCCAGGAAAUGUUAAAGGCUUGAAAAGUGGAACUUAUCGUAACAAAUUUUACUAUAGCUUCUUUUUAAAGGUACCUUCCAAAAAAAUAAAUUUUGUAAGACUGGAAUUGUUUUACUGGACCAUCUCCAUUGGGACCGCCUGAUUGACUAGUUGACUAGAAUUUAAUAUUUGGGGCUUUCAAUAUUCAGAAAUAUUUAAAUCGGCCGGAGUUCUGAUAUUGUCCUCUUAUAAUGUUAUGGAGCGAUCAUGGUAGAAGAACACAUUGAUAUGCCAAAAAUUUAAAUGUUUUUUUAAUAGGUAGAUUUUUAUAAGUUUUCCUAUACGACAUCAAUCGGAAGUUGUUAUGAUAUGCAUUUUCAACAAUUAUUACAAAAUUGAAUAAUUUUUCAUUCCAAAUUUUUAAUUUCAAAUUUGGUUUGACAGAAAAUUGUCCCAACAGCUAUGUACCCGUAUUAUUCUACAGUGUGCGUUAUCUAAAAUAUAUUGAAGACUUCCAUCGAAUUUUCCAACAGAAUUUUCAUUUGGAAUUCUAAAUGGGUGUCUAUACGAAAAAAAUUCAAAUUGAUCAACCUUUUCCUAUAGUCUCCCACAUAAGGAUAAUAGAAAACUUCUUCUUUAUAUGCAACAUUUUUUCUAAUUUACCAGCAUCUCAAUCACAUAUUGUAGCACAGUAUAAUAACCAAACAGCCGUAAAAUGGGAUCAUUUAAAUUUUAUCCAAAAAAUAAAAAAAAUCCAAGCAAACCCAAAAAAAAAUUGAAAUAAAAAAUCAACAUCACAAAAAUCUUUUUUAUUAGAAACAAAAAUUAACAACAAAACAUUAUUGAUGUAAAAGGUAGCAAAAUUAUAACAACAAAGUAAGAAUAAAACUAAAAAACAUACACACGCAUUGUAUAUUUAUUUAUGCAUUGUAUAAUUAAAUAAAAAAUAAACUAAAUAAAGUUAUUACAAAUUCAAACAUGAGAAUUAAACUAAAAAAUGAAAAAAAAGUAUUUUAGCUUAAAUAAUGCCAAUCAUCAUGAUACAACACGAACAACAAACAAAUCGCCCUGCAUUAAAUCAGUAAUUCAACAACAACAAAAAACAUCCUCUAAAAAUUAAAAAAAAACAAAUUAAAAUAAAAACUUUACUUCUUAACAUUUAUAAAAUGUUUUAAAAACAAAAUAUAAUAAACAACAACUACAAAAAAAAAAACAUUUAUAAAAUGUUGCAAAAAUUUAUUGGAAAUAAAGGAAAAUAUUUAAAAUAUUACAAAAAAACAAAAAAAAAAUAAAAAACAAAAUUCAUAUAUCAUUUCAUGCAAAAAACAAAAAUCAUCACAUUUUAUUUUUAGUUAAAAAAGAGAAAAAAAACAACAAAAAAUAAUCUAUAUUAUUUUUCUAUUAUUAUUAUUACUAUUACAAUUAUUAUUUAAUUAUGUUAUUGCAAUACUAUUAUAAUUAUUUAAACACAAAACAUAAAAAUACAACAAAUGUUUUUUACAUAAUGUUUAAAUGUUUUUUCUAUUAUUUUAAAUAAUAAUGACUUAUAAUAAUAAUAUAUGAAAUUAUUAUUAUUCUUAUUUAAUUAAAGAAAAAUAUUUUUUUAAUUGUUAAGAUUUUUCUCUUUAUUUUUUUAAGGAUUUGUAUUUGAAGAAAAAAAAACAUUACAAAACAGAAGAAAAACAAUUGAUUGCUUUUAUUUGUUUCGAUAAUAUAUUCUUCUUAUUAUUAUUAUUAUUAAAGCGACACAAAUUCUGCAAACAAACUACCAAUCAACAAAACAAACAACAACAAAAUCUUUGUAAAUAAACAUUUACUUGUAAUUAAUUU